CUGAUUUGUUUCACACAAUGAAAGAUGUUCUUGUCCCCCAUCGCUUUUUCCUCCCCAAAAUCACACUAUAAAUUGAACCCCUGCGUCUUUCUUUAAAUCAGAGCUAUAACUCACCACUUUAAUCAUAGAAUUUCAUAGUUGAUUGAAAUUUAAAAACAAAAAAAACUUUGAAAAUGUCUUGCUGUGGAGGAAACUGCAAUUGUGGCUCGAGCUGCACUUGCGCUUCCUGCGGGAAAAUGUAUGCUGACAUGGAAAUGGACCCAAUUUUGACUCUGAUUCACAAUCCACCCAAAAGGUUCACCAACAACAAAUCCGUUGAGGAGAGCUUUGGAACAGAAGGAUCAGCUAAUGAUGGCUGCAAGUGUGGAUCAAACUGCGAUUGUGGUGACAAUUGCAGUUGCUGAACACCCCUCACACCUUAAAAGACAUGUGUUAUUAGCCUCAAUAUUCUGAGGAACGAAAACAAGUAUUUAUACCGUACUGGUCAUCAUCAUCACCACCAUGUAAUAUAUACAAGUUUGCUUAUAAAAUAAGACACAAAAAAUAGCCAUGUAUGAUCACGGCUAUUUAUGGAAUUUGUUGUAUUCCCGUAACUAAGCCAUUUCUGGAAUCCCCUAUAUUGAACAAAUAUAUGAAUGUGUUGUUGUGAUUUACUAAUUAUUAUCAGCUACAAAAAUAUCACCGUCAUUAUGUUUCUUUCCUAAAUAAUUGUCUUGUUAGUUGUACUGG